AUGCACAACUUUAAAAUUGAGCAUGCAAGUAGUGAGAAAAGGCCCUGCAGAAUUUCUUGGGAAGCAAGAGUGAGUGAACCAAACUUUAGAAUAGAAGGGCCUUGUGACAUGUGGAGUGUACCUUUGGCGUAUGGCACUUCAUUGAAUUCUGAUUUAAGGGGUAGAUUCCUAGGUCUCCAAUGUCUAAAGAAACCAUAUGGGCAAACAGCAAUAGUGGUUGGUUGCCCUAUGUACCCAAUUGUGGUUGUAGCCCUUGCAAAAGUGGACAUGGUUUGA